AUGGCGGCCAGGCCCCGACCCUCAACGGUGGAGCCCGCGGGAGCCGCGGACCCGGCCCAGGGAGCCGAGGGCCCCAGAGGGCAGAAUGUGUCUACACAAAAAAUUGAAGGCUUGAUGGAAAUGGUGAAAAAGCUGCAGAAAGCUGGAAGUCUAGAGCCCCAGAUUGAGGUCCUGAUUAACCGAAUUAAUGAGGUUCAGCAAGCAAAAAAGAAAGCGAGUGAGGAGCUGGGAGAGGCCCGGACAGUCUGGGAUGCCCUACAGAAGGAACUCGACUCCUUGCAUGAAGAGAAAGUACACCUGAAGGAGAUCUUGAGCAAAAAGCAAGAAUCCCUGAGGAUCCUUCGUCUACACUGCCAGGAGAAGGAGAGUGAGGCACAGAGGAAGCAUACCCUGUUGCAAGAGUGCAAGGAGAGAAUUUUUGCCCUGAACUCCCAGAUUGAGGAAGAGAAAAACAAACAAAGACAGCUAAGGUUGGAUUUUGAAGAACAGCUGGAGGCUCUGAUGGGCCAGCACAAGGACCUCUGGGAAUUUCACAGGCCAGAGCAGCUAGCAAGGGAGAUCUGCACCCUGGACAGCAGCAAGGAGCAGCUGCUCAAGGAAGAGAAGUUGGUUGAGGUGAAGCUGGAGGAUGUAAAGCAUCGGCUGUGUUCUCUAUGCAUGCCUGAGGGGCCCUCCACCCUCACUGAGGGGCUCUUCCUCCGCAGCCAGGAGGCAGCUGCAACAGUGCAGCUAUUCAAGGAAGAGAACCAGAAGGCUGAGGAGCUCUUGGAGGCUGCAGCCCAGCACCACCAGCAGCUGCAGCAGAGGUGCCAGCAGCUGCAGCAGAAGCGGCAGAGGCUGAAGGAAGAGCUGGAAAAGCAUGGAUUGCAGGUACCUGCUCAAACCCAGAGUUUGCAAGAGGAAGGAGCUGGCCCACAAAAGGCCAGCCCCAAGACUCUAGAAGUCCACGAGGAGAAAGACUCUGACCUGCCUACCAAGCAGGGCCUGAUGCCCUUUUAG